GCUCCCCUGAGAAUGGACUACAGCAGCGAGAUACACUUGGUCCCUUGUGGAAAAGAGAAAUACAUUUCAAAAAAUGAGUUGCUGCUGCACUUGAAGACAUAUAACUUGUACUAUGAAGGUCAGAAUUUGCAGCUACGGCACAGAGAGGAAGAAGACGAAUUCAUAGUGGAAGGCUUAUUGAACAUCUCCUGGGGUUUGCGCCGGCCAAUCCGCUUGCAGAUGCAGGAUGACAACCAGCGCAUCCGCCCCCCGCCAUCCUCCUCCUCCUGGCACUCAGGCUGCAAUCUGGGAGCGCAUGGGUCUGUUAUAAAACCCAGUACCUUGCCGGACAUUGAAGUAACUGAUGCUGAGCCUUCAGUGGAUGAUGACGAAACUGACAGUACAGUUGAUGCCAAAAACCUUAAGGCUGAGCAGGAAGAUGUACCUCAGCUGAUGCGCACACGAAGUGAUGUUGGAGUGCGCCGCAGGGGGAACCUCCGCACCCCAAGUGAACAGCGCCGGCUCAAGCGCCACCGCUUCUCUAUAAAUGGGCACUUCUACAAUCAUAAAACAUCGGUGUUCACACCCGCCUAUGGCUCCAUCACAAACGUCCGAAUAAACAGCACAAUGACAACACCACAAGUUCUGAAGUUGCUGCUCAACAAGUUUAAGAUUGAAAACUCUGCAGAGGAGUUUGCCCUGUACAUUGUUCACACUAGUGGAGAAAAGCAGAAGCUGAAGGCCACCGAUUACCCUCUGAUUGCACGGGUUCUGCAGGGGCCAUGUGAACAGAUUUCUAAGGUUUUUUUGAUGGAGAAAGACCAAGUAGAAGAAGUCACCUAUGACGUUGCCCAGUAUAUCAAAUUUGAAAUGCCCGUCUUGAAAAGCUUCAUUCAGAAACUCAAAGAAGAAGAAGAUCGAGAAGUGAAGAAACUGAGGCGCAAGUAUUCGGUUCUGCGCGUAAUGAUUGAGCGGCGGUUGGAAGAGAUCUCCGAAGGCCCAAUCACAAUGUAAUGCCACCCUCCAUGGAGAACUGUGCUAGAGCCUGGCGUCCGGAAGAGAGAGACUUCUUAAAGAUGACAAAUGCCCUGUGGCGAGCAAAGAGGAUGCUUCCUCCCUGCAACUGAACUCGAAUAUGGAACUCAACUUUGGCCAUUGUCUCAUCCUUGCUCCCCAGUUGUAGAAGGAGUCUGUAGGUGCUGAGGCUUCCAAGGACUAAAUGUGGGUCAUGAGCUUCACACCUUCUGUCUUCUGCUGAUGAGCUUCCCAGAGCCAUCUGAGUGGCUGCUCCGGGAAGUGGGGUGCUGGGUUAGGUGGUCUUUUGCAUCUGAUCCCUAUGUUCUUAGGGGGCUGUUAGCCAUAACUGUGUCUGGAUGCCACCUCUUUGCUUGUCAAAAAUGUCAGCCUGUCCUUCACAUCAAACUUCUUUGGUCACGAUUAAGGUUUAGAGGGAAGCCUACCCUGUUGACAUUCCUUCCCCCCCCUGCCCUAAUUAGGCAUUGGUGCUUUCCAAGGUCCUGUUAUGGUCCUCACCCCAAGAGGGGCUGCUGCAGCACCAUUCAACCCAACCACCACUGAGAGUCCUCAAGCACCUGUGGCUCUCUGGCCUUUUCCCUUGUUCUUUGUAAGCCUCCAAAGCAAGUUCUUUCUGCCUUCUGCUGGAUCGGCAGAAAU